AGGAGGUAGUGGGUUGAAGAAAGAUUGUUACUAGGCAUACCUAGUAUGGUAAGGUUGCUGCAUGUGAGGUUGAGUGACAGACUGAUUUCCUCUUCUGCGUAAGAAGAGUCGAUUCUUCAGGCUGGUGGUUCCCUCUUUGCGUUGUGUCAUCAGUUCUUAGUCAGUAUCACCUUUCUAGAAGGUAUUUUAUUUAUGAUUACAGGAUUUCUUCGUAAGAAGUGUCAUUUUGGCGUACGCCACCAGUUGAUCAUAUAGAAAAAAUUCAAAGUGAGGAUCAACAAACCUAUGGCCGCGAUGGUGUCCUCGGCUGCGGUUCCUCUAGACUCUUCUGACGGUGGAAGCGUCGGCCCUGGUGUGCAGAAAGGAGCUUCUGUAACUUCUGGUCAAAGUCGAGCAUGUGAGAUUUUAGAUUCCUACUUUCCUUCUGGGUCACGAGCUCGAGGAGACGCAGGAAAUGGCGCCAAAAAGAUGCUUGUGGAACAGGACGAUGAGUCUCCCAUCACGCAAGCUCCAACGACAGGAGCUGGAGCAGGAGAAAAGGGAGUUAUGGGAUUACCACAGAAGAAAGCUGCAGACGAUGCGCUUGAUGCGUCUAGAGCAGACACGCCACGUGGAACGCGCAGUGCUGCGACAGGACCCUUUCUGCAGCAACUAGGAGCGACAAGUAGCGGGGCCAAAGUUAUGAAGCAGAUGAUUGAAACAUCCAGAGCCAGAUUAUAUAUUUCCAUCAUGUAUUCGUAGUUUUCUAUGUGCCACAACUCUGGUUCUUUUUCAUGUGGUAUUACUACACAGGUAAGAGUUACUACCCAUCUUCAAUAUCAUAGACACCUCAUUUUCGACUAAUAAAGAGUGCUUGAUGUUCCUCCACCCAUCCCCCGCGCCUCUCUUUCUCUUCAUUUGUUGGGCUGGUCGUAGCUACUCUGCAGCGAUUCAAGGCGUUUACACGUUUCCGGUUGCGAAGUUUGAUGAUGCACGUGGUAACUACGUAAACCUGUCUACGGAAAUGGCCGUUCUAGAAUCAGGCACCGCAUUGUCGCACAAGAACGUACUUCGCGGUUUCCAUUGCUCCCCGUUUCCGAAGGUUGUUACGUGUCUAGCUGGCGAAAUGUUCGACGCUCUACUGGAUUUAAGACCGGAGAGUCCGACUUUUGGCGCGUGGCAAGCGACGAAACUGUCACCAGAAUUGGGUUGCAGUCUGUUUCUCCCAUCCGGCGUAGCACAUGCCUAUCUGGCUACGCAAGAUAACACGCUGACGCUCUACUUCAAGGUAUUAUAGCUAUAACUACUUCGUUAUUUUCAAGAUGUCAAGAGAGGAUCUGAGCAGUCUGACUUGCUCAAUUCAGAAACUCAUCUUAAUCACAAAGUAGAAAUCUUACCAGUCAUGCGUAUUUGUUUCACCAAACUUUCAGGGUGACAAGUACGAUUCCGCCACAGAAAUCAAUGUGAACGCUCUUGAUCCCGAGAUUGGGGUGUCUUGGCCAAUCGAAACUAGUGAAAUGCAGAUAUCCGCUAAGGAUGCUCAGCUUCCAGGGUUGCGCGAAGCGAUUGCCGCUCAUCCGUCUCUACAGAGUCGCAAGAAGUGCUGGUAUGCGCCGUUCAAAUUUCAGGCUUAUGGGGAGGAAGAGAUCGCCGCGGUCACUAAAUGUCUUCGAGAUGGAUGGCUCGCGCCUGGUCCUCGGACCGAAGAGUUUGAGCGCCGGGUGACAGCGUACUUCGGUAAACGGUAUGGAAUUAUGGUAAACAGCGGCAGCAGCGCGAAUUUGAUCGGAAUUGCAAUGUGCGAGCUGCCGAAGGGCAGCGAAAUAAUCACGCCUGCGUGUACCUUCUCGACAGUGCUGGCGCCACUAGAGCAACUUUCCCUCGUUCCUGUUUUCGUCGACGUCGAGCUCACAAGCUACGUGCCGACGCUAGAAGACAUUGUGGCUGCGGUAUAUUUCUUUGAUCAAUGCACCCAAUCUCAAAUGAUUUUGAAUAUCUAUGUUACCAAGGAACAAGCUCCUUACCUUUGCUGAUGUGGCGCCCCGCAAAGUGAUGCGAAUGGCACCGCGUUCGCGCACUUGAACCAUGCCCCUGCCGAGGCUACUAGCCACGCGCGACGCUGCGCCCGGCCAAAAUUUAGAACGCAGCGAGACAAGCGCAAGCAGAUACGAACCAGGGGCCAGGGCGCAGCUUGUGGCGUACACUUCCACCGUCCCCGGCUCUUCGUGUGCCUGAUACAGAGUGAGCCGAGAUGGGGUCGCUUUUGGAUGGCUGCUAGUGUUUGGCGCCCGUUUCAGGAUCGACCGACCCAACUGGCGGGGGCCCCAAGCUCUGGGAAGCAGCCGACGCUGGUGACGGCAGGGACCAUAGUGCCGCGGCGGGGCGGCAUAGCUGCAAGCCAUCUGCAUAGGCUGGGGAAGAGUAAAACGGGCGCGCUUGCCUCCGUUGUUUCUUCUGUUUGAGUGUGUUCAAAGCUAAAGCCUUGGAGGGCCAGCCAAGUAAUGGGGUGUGCAAUCGCUCACGAAGGACCGGCCCGCGCUCUCUAUUGGAAGAGGAGGGACGCGGCCGCGCUGUGGAUGGGGCGGAGGGCUCACUGAGACAAGUGCAGGCGCCUCACUGAAAACAUCGACAGGGCUUGGCUGGAGCUUUUGGAGCAACUCGCAAAGGCAGGCGCCCGCCGUCUAUAUCUGGGGCAACGGCUUGCGCACUGCGCGCGCGCCCACCGUUGGCCCGGGUUGUCUGGAGGGUGCAGAGACGUGGCCUCCGCGGCCGCCAUGAGGGACAGGGGACGCGGGUGCGUGGGCUCGUGUCGGAUCUAUGGCUUCGACGCUCUCGCGUCAGUGCAGCCAUAGGAUAGACGCAGCAGCGACCCACAGGGAGACUGAACCGGGCAAGACUGCGCUGAGCCAGUGCCUUGGCAGGUCGGUCAGGAAGCGCCUCGGCAGCCUACGCCGCCGCCUCGGGUGUUUACUUGCAAAGCGACGCAGUGUCACAGACAUGAUACUCGCUCAGCCAUCGCGCCCAAUUCCUGAAACUGCGCCCAAAGCGUUUGCGCAGCCAUCGCGCCCAGAAUGGAAGCGGGAAGGAAGCAGGACCUUGGAGAGGGAAAGCGCCGCAAACUUUGCGGGAAGCUGGUGGCUUUGAGGUGGGCAGAGUGGGGCCUUGUCAUUCGUGUGGACCUGUGUCAGGUCGUGCGCCUGAUCUGAACGGCGUCGGUGCUUCUGCUGCUUUGGUGGUGGUCGGAGCGAGUGUCGUCGUCGUGUGUAUUCUUCUUCUUGCAGGGUUGGCACCUGUACCCGAGCCGAGAAGUGCCAGGCUUGGAGGGUGGGACAGUAGUACGCGCGUGGUUUAUGUUCUGGCGCUGAUUCGCCAAGUAGCGCGACGCAAAGACCCCGCUGGCGAGUACCCGCGUGAGGAGAUCGGACGCCUCGCGUAUAAUGUCAUCACUCACAUGCGCGAAAACUUCUGGGUGCGAGUAUCGUGUGACGUGGUGAAUGGUAUGGAUGGUAGGGCUGAGCAUGUCGCUACUCACAAGCCGCGCGCGACCUCAGCGCGGGCGGGGAGCACCGGAAACUCGUGGCCGACUACAUGCGAAGACUUUCAAUUCCCGAAAACCAAGUGCCGACUCUGGUGGCGGCGUGCUCUGGUGGCGCAUGAACGGCAGCAACAAGCGCGGGACUCCUUCGAUGAAUGUGUUGAAGGAAGCCUCGCCUCUCGCUUUACCAUGCGCGGCGCUUGCGUGGGGCUGUUGCUUCAGCGCUCGGCGUAUUACCUAGCGCGAGCUACGGCAUGGCGGGCGGCUUGCUUGAAAGGUUGUUAUCAAAGCAGCUGAGAAGAAGGGAGAACCCGCAGCAGCAAAGAAAGCAGACGCACGGGCACACUUCGCGCUCUCGCGUGGCAGCGCAGUGCUUGACGCUCUCGACUUUGUUGAAGAGAGAAGAGGAAGAGGAAGAGGACGAUGCGCCGCCGGCUCUGAGUCCGCAUAUGCCACUUCGGCAGCUGAAUUCACCAGCACCGACAGGCGGUUGCUUUUGUUCUCCCUUUUUGUUGUGGCUCUCUUCUUUGGGGUCUGAUUGCGCACUAGAGCACGAACGAGAACGCGACCGGGAAACUGAUCGCGGGCCCUUGGUGAGCCGUCUGGUAAUUAUAUGCAUCUACUCCCUCUCUCCGAUGCUGCGCCGACUCACGCCAGCAACAAUAUGGGGCGCGGCAAGAGGAAGGCGUCGCGGGGUGCUGUGCAUUAUUAUAAGCGACGCAGCUCCUCCUCAUCUUGCUGCAGUCGCUGAAGUGGUAGUUAGCAAAGUUCUCCAAUGCAUGCGCAGGCUGUUGCUUUUUUUGGUUUAUGCCAUGUUUGUCGAGCUCAUUACUUUUCGACAACUUUCUUCAUCUUUCUCCCCCCGCCCUCGGUGGAAGUUUGGCCGUACUCGAGCAGCCUGCUGGCUGUGAUACAGUUGAAGAAGUAGAAGGUGUGGCGGGCGCAGUACUAACUAACGAGAGGGACGGACGACGCCGGGUGCCGUAGGUGAAGAUCAAAAGAGAAGGAGCGCAAAGGACGAGCCAGCGCGCGGGGGCGCUUAGGGUUGCGCAGGUGUGUAUCGCGGUCAGACAAAUGAAUAUAAACGCGCUGCGCAUGGGGUUCGGGUGGCGGGUUGGCCUUGGAUUUAGCACAUUUUUUUAGGGCAUGGCGAAGUAGUAGGUAAGGCCCUAGCGUCACAGAUACUGUAGGUCGACGGAAGACAUGGGGUCGCCAGUAUUAACGCGAACGGACUAGAGCUAUACAUCAAGAAUGUUUGGGCUGUCAUCUUCCUCACAUCGUCAGGUGACUCCGAAGACGAAAAUGAUAAUGGUGCCAAAUUUGAUCGGAUCCAAGAUCGAUUGGGAGGAGCUUCGAAGACGCUUGGCCGACUUGGGAAGGUCGGAUAUCAUACUUUUCGAGGAUAGUUGUGACACGAUGACCCACACCCCGGCUAGUGACAUCAGCGCAAUUUCGUUCUACGCGAGUCACAUAAUAACUGCUGGUGGCUUGGGAGGUACGACUAAUUUUUCUUGCUUUCUACCUACUACGUUGUAGUUCAUCUAUUUGCAUUUUCCUCAUGAUAAGCAAGAACGAUAGUGAUUUACAAGAUAUCACUCGAUAACGCUAACGAACAUUUUCGUUCUUAUUUUACUUAUAAAUAACAACACAUAUAAUAAAUAUUACUAACAGGUACAUUCCUUUUUCUUCUCGUACUCACCGACAGGUAUUCUUAUGAUGAACAGCGAGAGUCUUUUAAAGAAGGCCUUUCAGUACCGUGACUGGGGUCGCGUGGGCAACAAUUCUGAGGAUAUGGAUGAACGGUUCAAGGACAACGUGGAUGGCAUCGAGUAUGACGGAAAGUUCUUGUAUUCCGUACAAGGCUACAAUAUGAAAGCGUGUGAAAUGAAUGCAGCGUUUGGUCUAUCGCAAUUCCGGAAGCUACCACGCUUCACAAAAAUACGACGCGAAAAUAUUGCCAGAUUUUGUCAAAACUUGAGGGCGGUGAAGGGAAUGAGGUACUAUUCCAAACUGCAAAGAUAUCAUACUAAUCAAUAAAUGUGCAAGAAAUAGUCUAUGCAGGUGGUCGAACGAGCAAGAUUGUAUUCCGAGUCCGACGAGGUAUCAACGUCGACAUUGUUCUUUGUUCAGGUACGUCUUACCGCGUGACGAUUAUGAAACGCAGGACUGGUUAGCUCUGCCACUGCAACAUCCGAACCGGAGUGGCGUUAUUCGAUAUCUGGAAAAACGACAAGUGCAGAUCCGCGUCACUUUUGUUACGAUUUGAUUUGCAUGAAGAACAUGAUAAUGUUCUUGAUAGAUAAGAUUGAAGAACAUGAUAAUGUUCUUGAUAGAUAGCAAUAGCAUGCUUUGCUUCUGGCCCUGUGGGUCUUUGGACUUCUGCUUUUGUCACGGGCAACCGGUAACAAACUCAGAAAUCGUUUCUACGGUCAUUCUGAACAAUGACAUCAGGAACGUACACAUGACACACAUUUGCUCUUGAUUUUAGAAUAUCGUAUUCUCCUUUCCUCAGCCUCGCCUCCCGGACCUAUCUUUGUCCCAAAAGGACUAACACCCCUUCGUGUUCUAAUAUCUCCGGUAAUGUGACACGGCAUCCGGCGUACCGACAUCAUUUCCGUGUUUUCGAGAACGCAGAUCGCAUCAUGAAAGAUGGUUUUUUGAUCGGCGCACACCAUGGCCUAACCCUAGAGGACGUGGACUACGUUAGCAGCGUAUUGCUGGAAUUCGACCUGCAGGAUAGACAAAAACAAGGGUCCUGAACGGAUCAAUGUAGUGAUGCCGUGGACAAGAGAGCACUAUAAGAUAGUCUCCGAUGCUGCAGAUAAACCCACUUGUUUCUAAGCAAGUCCUCAUUUUCGCGUUCAACAUAUUCUGAGAUCAUGUUCAUAACUAGAUCUAAUGAGUACUUCUAUAUUUAAUUAGUUCUUGUACGCCCACAAACCAUUAGAACAAAAGCAUGUAUCUAUGUGUACCAUGCAGUUUUUACUACAGCUUGCCUCAUAUAUCUGGGUGAAUGAACCCACUGGUCCGGAGAUCAAAAGUUGUCAAUAUAUCCUAUGAAUCAAGAUGAAGAUACUAGAUAGUCAAUUUUCAAAACAUGUCUGUCAUACAUAGUCGCGCGCUUCAUGAUCGUCGUUGAUGAUCUGUGAUGCUCGCGAUUGCAUGCCUCGCGGAAACAAGUAGAAAUCGAUUUCAACGUAGCAACUUUAUUAAGUCGGCUAACACGUCGUCAAGUGGAGCCAGCAUAGCAUAUUUCAG